AAUUCGGUUGUUUUCAUUCUGUUGUUUUUGUGCUUCAGAACAGCAGCGACUUUCAGCGCGGAGACUCUCUACAGCUACAGCUUCACCUACAGACCAGUUUAUUGAUUUAUUCUCACUGUUUAUUAUCUGUACUCUUUAUAAUUACUCAUUAAUUAGUAUAUUAUCUAUAUUUUAUUCUUAUUAACUGUCUUUUUCGCUUUUUCCCUUUUGUUUUUGUUUUUUUACAGGUUACAGGAGCCGGUGAGGGACACCGCCACCCCGCGGUCGAACAUGGCGUCUCCGAGCAGAGUCCGCCCCCUGGAGGUGCGUACUGACCGCUCGAAGGACUCCACCAUCCGUCCCCCGGCUUUCGCCUGCCGAAAGGCUUGGGUGAAACACAUCCUACACCCGGUGCCCACCUCCCGCCCACAGCCUGCAGCAAUCAUCCCAGGUGCAGCUGCACAGGCUUUGGCCGACCCUGUCUGGGAGUUGGAGGACCUCGACGAUGAGGUGGAGAUGUCGAAGGAGGAGUCAGACGUCUCUUCCGUUUCCUCUUCGUCUUUUUUUUCGGCUUUGGCCGACCCUGUCUGGGAGGUGGAGGACCUCGACGAUGAGGUGGAGAUGUCGAAGGAGGAUUCAGACGUCUCUAGCGUCUACACUUCACCUUUUUCCUCUUGCUCAGAAUCUUCAGUGGAGGACCUCACCACCACCGUCUUCCCACCAGAGCUAACCGGCCAGGGAGUCACUGCACCUUCACCCACCAUCAGAACACAGAGCAGAUCCCUGAAAAGAUUCACCACCAACUUUUGGACCUCUGUGUUUUCUCGUUUCAGGUCCCGUGCUCGAGUCUCGGUGCUGGUUGGGGAGGCGGACCAAGGUCUGGAGGCGGAACCGGCUGCACAGGACGUGCAGGACCUGGAAGAGCGAAGGGACGCGGUGGAGACCCCUCCCAAAAGAAAGGGAGGAAGGAGGAAGCUGUUCCUGAGCUGCUUCAGGGGGUCAGAGAGGGACUAAUUAGAUUGAUUGAUUUAAAUAUUCAUACCUAUUAAUUAUAUAUAUUGAUUGAAGAUAUAUUAUUAUAUUUAUAGGCAUUCAUCAGAUUGAUUGUAGAUAUAUUAUUAUAUUUAUAGUAGGCAUUAAUUAG